GAAGUCACUGAAGCCUGUAGAUGAAGUGUCCACAGUGUUCUCAUGAUAUUUUGGAAAAGAAACCCAAGUUUUGCAGUGAAUGUGGCAUAAAGCUUUCUGCCACACCAUCAAACACAGAGGGUACAGGAAAUCAGCCAAAACCAUUGAUAGCAAACUCAGAGAGCAAAACUGAGGAAUCAGAGCCUGCAGAGAACAAAUAAUCCAAUAAAUCACCCAAACGACCAAAUGAUGAACAGCCCAAUCCAAAGAAAAAGAAGAAAAAAAGAACAAAAGAAAGAAAGACGACAACAUGCCAUCAGAUCAAGAUCAAAGCCAGUCUGACCUGUCACACGUAUCUCUGGAAGACAAUCAGAGGAAGACGCAAGAAAAAGGAGGCUCCAGUGAGAGUGAAAGCUCAGACGGUGAAGUGGAAGAAACAGCCGUCUCAGUCCAAGAUGAUUUCUCCUUGACAGAAAAGCAGCCUACUUCACUACCGGCUAAUAGCACAGCAGCCUCUUCUGAAAACAGUCAGAGUGAAAAACCUGCAUCUACAGAUGAGGGCACUACAGCGAGCCAGUCUGAGAAAACCCCAGUUAAUGUUGAAGAGAAUAAGAACGAUGCCAAUAAGUCAUCUCAGGAUGAAGCACCUGAGAAAGCAGCUGGUGAUUCUUCAGCUCAAGCUCAAAUCUCAACGGACAAGAAAACCUCUCAGUCAGCUUCAGCUGAGGGGGAAAAGCCUGCUGAUCCAAAGGGGGGAAAGCCUGCUGAUCUUAAAGAGCAAAAGGCUGCCCCAAAGGCUCAAAGAAACAAGAAGCAAUCUAAUGGGAAUCAGGAUGUGAAUUUAGAUCCAAAUGCAAAUGAAACAGAAGAAACAAAGGCGAAGGGUAAAGGUCAGGAUGGUCAGAAACAAAAAGGAAAAAGUCAGCAGAAACAAAAUCAGCAUUCAGCGCCAUCAGAGAUUAAAACCACGGGCUCCAGUGUGGACCCAGUGGAGAAAAUGGAAUAUGAGGAGCCUGGGAACAGGAAGGGCACAACUUCAGGUUGUGACAGCAAUAAAGCCAACACUCAACCAGCACCACCCCCUAAAACGCAGGUCCAAAACAACAUCACCACACGAGACAGGCUCACAAUUUACUUCCACGCAGUUCUUUCGAAAGAUUUUAAAUUUGAUCCUAAUAAAGAUCAAAUCUUCAUCAGAGCUGGAAAACCUAUUGCAGAUAGCUGGGAUAAUAAUGUAGCUGAGCUGCAAGUAACCAGGGACCUUGGAGAGCACGGUUUUCUCGUUGAAGGAACGCUGAUAACGAGCAAAACCAAAACUGUGUCUGAGUCCAUAGCGUAUAAAUAUGUUGUCUACAAGAAGGAGAACUAUGAGUAUGAGUACAUAUACAAACUGGACUCUUCACAAUACCAUACCAACAGGUGUUUGUUUGUGAAACCCCACCUCAUCACUGAAUAUGGGGACUGGCAUCAGUAUGAUGACAUCAUCUGUGCUGAGCCAUCAAAGAACAUGCUGAAGCGUAUCAAGGAGACAUUUUUGCCUGAAACGCGUAAAAGUCUGAUUCAAGGAAGAGUAAUUGCUGCAAAUGUAAUGUUGGAGUCCAUAUUUGAUCUUCUAAGGAGCUGGAGUGAUACCAAUCUAAAAAGUUUUCAAAUCCAGUUAAAUCAGUUCUUCCAGGUUUAUGCAAACCCUUUUGUAUAUGAAGAGAAGCAAAAGAAAUGGUACUCCUUAAACUUUGGGGAAGAUGAUGUGAGGAAGAUCCUGAAAGAGUUCAUGCUGACACAGGUGAUCCCUCAGCUCAAGGAUGGAGAUGAGAAAGGUCUCUACAUCCAGGACCCCUUGAGAACAGCUGUGAUCAUGCUUAAUGUGUGGAAACACUAUCAAAUCAAACUUGAAAACGCUGAGCUUCACCGCCUCUGUUCUGCACUGUGUUUGCCUAAACUAGAGAAGGACAAAUUCCUUCAGUACUGGACAAAUUUUUCUCAAGAUGUCUCGGUACUCAAAAAUUUGCCAGAAAUGCUGCUGGAUCUAUUAAAAACUGUCAAAAGAGCAAACAUGCCUCGAUGGAUUAUAUUACUGCCACUCCUUCAUCUGCUGAGAGACAUAAAGCCCUUUGAAGGAAAAACCUCUGGAAACACAAAGUAUAGCUUGUCCUGGGCAGGUUUGGAAGGCAUUGACAUUAGCAGCCAGAUGUACCUAAACAGUCAAGAGAGGAAAGCACUUCUAAAUGUGAUGAAAAACAACAGUCACUUGAUGAAGGUGGAUCCACUUUUUGUUCGGUCCUGCUUGUACCUGAUGCCACUUGAUGAACAGUUGGAGUGUAGCAUCAGCAUUAAUCCCGAACUUCUGGACAUACUUAAUGUUUUUACUAAUAAAGUUCCUCAGGAAAUAAAUGGCAGCAGCUCUCAGGUUGUCACUGAAAUUCUUGCCUACAUCCAAGAGCAUCUUAUUGAGGAAAAAUACAAAUACUGCUUCACACAAGCUUACAGGAAGGACUGUUUUGCAACAGCAAUGAGAUUGUUAGAAAAGGUCUGCAGAGGAGUCAAACCAGGAUCAUAUAUCCAAAACUUUCCUGAAAUCCCUUUGGCAGCGAUUAAUCUUGUUGCAUCAGUUUUAGACUUCCUUCUGUCUAACAAGCAACAGGAGACUCAAGAUGGAGAUGGAGAACAGCAAAAUGCAAAAGAUUUGGUAACCUCUCAGGGGAUGAGAAUAAUGAGAAACUGGAUGAAUCAGUCAUUCAAACAAAGUUUGCUAAGUAUGGGAUUUUCAACCUAUUACAACGCUAAAAAAGAGGAACUGGAGACAUGGAACAACAUUAUCUCCAUUGACUUUAAAGAUAAAGAAUGCACGAACAAAUGGAGGCAAACAUUUAUAAUGGACUUUGAGGGCAAGUUCAAACAGGAAUCUGCUCUCAAUCAAAUUGAAUUCUACUGCACAAACAUAGAGGAACUUAGUGCUUCCUAUCCACAUGUUGCUGCCAGUGUUGAGAAGUGUGCUCUUGAAGCUGUUACAUCUUUGUGCCAGACCAGGUCUGAAGGGAAACUGUUUGAGAGGUUUAAAAUAAACUGGAAGUUCGGGAAUCUCAUCUCUGCCAUUAUUCAAAAAUCCUGGCCAAGGGAUGGUCAAGGAGACUAUCAGGAACAGGAAGAAGUGGUCCUUCAACACCUCCUCUCCUGGACAGCAGCCAAAUACAUUUUCCAUCUAUAUGGCGCAGACACAAAGCUGAUUGAGAAGCUCUCUCAAGAUGCCAGAGACCGAUUGGCCAUAGCCAUAUCAGCAUUCACAGCCAUAAGCAACCAGCUGAUACAGGGAGACAUUAGGAUCAGCCUGCUCAACAUCAUUCUGAAGAGGAAAGACGCCUUCUUAGAACUGCUGAAGAUUGACUGCCUGACUGAGAAGGAACAACACAAGGAUCUUUCAAAAAUGAGGAGGCUUUUACAAUACAGAGAAGAUGAAGUUAAAGCUGUGUACCAUGAAAAGGAGCUUGUGGAUGUUAUAUUAACAAUGAGUCACAAACUUGAGGAAUAUAUGACAGUGGAAGUUUCUGAUCUGGAGGAAAAAACACAAGUCAACAUUGAGACGAUGUCCCUGGACCAUUUCAUGGAAGUUCAUUACUUUGACCAGCUGGCAACCACAUUGUCUGGUAUUGUUACCUUCUUCAGCCUGGAGGAAGAAAUCAGAGAAAUGGCAGAAUUCCUGUACACAUUUAAUGAAAGUAUUGUCUUUCGAGGGUGUUGGGAAAAAUUUGCUAUACAGAUGGCCAAGGACGGAAUGGAAGAUGACAAUACUGUAGAGCAUCAAAUAGUGGACAUCGGGGCAACACCAGAAAUGAUAUACGAUGAGAUUUACUUGCCUUGUAUUAAUGAAUACAAAGAUAUCUAUUCUUGUUUAAAAAAUGGAAGCAUAAGACUUGAAGAAGUCAACCAGCUUUUCAAAGCCUACAAGGACAAAUACGAUGAUCUCACUCAGGAACUUAACAUUAUGUGUGAACUUGAAAAAUCUACAAACAAGCAGUGGAUCCACAACAGGGUUGAACAGGUUCAGCAAUAUCACGAGCUUCAUCUCGCUGUGGCCUCUGUUCAAGUUAUCAUAAAGGUCAAAGACACACUUGGUCUGCAAGGGGACUUCAGAGUUUUGGAAACACUGACGAAUGCGAUUCAUGCAGACUUUCAGAGAGAGCCACUAAAUAGGAUUGACAAUGACUUGAUGCAGGCAAAGAUGGUGCUGGUUGACAUUACAGAGCCCCGCAGAUUGUGUUUAGAUGAGCUGGGACUUAGACAACACUUUGUGAGAUGGGUGAAGGAUGCCCUUGAGGAUAUCAAUGAGUUGAAGGUGUUUGUCGACUUGGCUUCCAUCUCUGCUGGAGAGAAUGAUAUGGAUGUGGAUCGUGUAGCUUGCUUCCAUGAUGCAGUCCUUGGUUAUUCUUCUGUGCUGUAUGAGCUUAAACCAGACUCUGGUUUUCGUGCUUUCAAAGAAGUGCUCAAAAGGGUCUGGAGAGCUUUGGAGAAUGACAACAAUUUGCCAAAAAAACUGCGUGACAGCGCACGUCAUCUUGAGUGGUUAAAAACUGUGAAGGACAGCCACGGGUCAGUAGAGCUAUCCUCUCUCUCUUUAGCCACAGCCAUCAACAACAAAGGAAUCUACCUAAUUAAUGCACAAGGUGUAAAAAAGUUGAGUCUUGAAACUGCCCUGAAGCUGCAGAUCCCUGAGGAGCACGAUGAAGGUCGACAUAUGCGCUGCUACUCUCUUGAAGACCUAAGGGAGCUGCAAAACAAACUCAUGCUUAUGUUUGGAAAAGGGGAUCAAGGACAGAAUGAAGUUGAACAUUUUGUAGAGGUUUUUGCCAGUGUUCAAAGACUAACAGAAGCCUUCAUUGCUCUAUACACUGCUGGAAAUCCUCUGUUCAGACACUGGGAAGUGCAAAUUAAUUGCUCCUCACGUGGCUUUGAAUCUUGCAUUUUGAUGGAUUUUAAUUUGGACAGUGCACCCAAUGUCAUUGUGGAGAGCAGCACAGAUGAGCAGCUUCCUGAACUCUGUAGAAAAAUGGAGAAAUGUCUGGAAUACUGGAUGAACUUUGUACACAAACGGAGAUCCCAACAUUACUUCUUAAAUUACUACACGGCCGAGCAGAUUGUCUACCUAUGUAGCAAGCUGACGCAGCAAAAUGUAAAUAAUGUCGAGGACCAAGUUCUUAUGAUGCUCUCCUUCAUCAAGCCAAAUUGCACAUCUAAAGAUCUGAGGCAAGUUUGUCACGAGCUCCAAUAUCAAAUCAUUACAAAAUCUGAAGAUCAAAACGAGGACAUUGAGUUUCAGACUUUUGUUGUAGUGUCAAGAAGUGACCUGGAAGAGUUCUCAAGUGAAUUGGAUCUUUUGCCAAGUCUUGUGGAAAAGGCAAAGGGUCUUCAGGCAUUUGAUCACAUAUGGAAUGCUUACAUGAAAGACAUGAAAAAUUUUCUCCCCAACAUUCUUGAUAUAAAAAGUCUUGGCCGACUGUUAGAAAUACUGGCGAACAAAGAUGACGAGGAUGAAGAUGACAGUGAAGAAGACAUUUCUGAUGACAACAUUAGGAAUAUCAUAAACAGGCAGCUGCCUAGAGGUUUGGUCACUGGAAAGCCAAAUCUCGUUGUUUGUCCGCAUGAUGAUGCCUUGACAUCUUGCAUCUCAGUUUACAUGAGCAGCAAAGAUGAAGCUCUACCCACCUAUGAUGAAGUCCUACUGUGCAAUCCCUCAACUCCAUAUGAACAAGUGGAGCUAUUCCUCAGGCGCUGCCUUGGCACUGGGUACAGGGGACAGAAGAUAUACUCUCUAGUAUAUGGAGAUCUCCUGAGUUAUGAUGUUAGCUCUAAAGUUGAGAACUUUUCAUCUGAGAGCAGGAAAGACUACAGCCUUGUCAUCAUUUGUAGCUCAGAGAGAGAACAUGCAUACCUUCCAUCUGCCUUCAGCCAGUACAGGUUGCACAUGAUUCCCCAAGAGCCAUUAGCGGGGAUCCAGCAGUACCUCCACAAACACUACACUGCCCCAGCAGAACAGUGCAGCGCUGCAGCAGCAUUCAAAGACAGACUCUGUGUUGGUGUUGUCUCGUCUCAGAGGGCUGGUGUUGGUAAAUCUCUGUACAUCAGGAGGCUGUAUGAAAAACUUGAGCACUCAAAUAAAAAGCAGUCAAUGUUGAAAUGCAUUUGCUUGAUUGAACCUAAAGUUGAUGAGACUAUCAUCCUUCAGUCUUUGCUCGACACUCCUAAAAGAAAAGAGCUCAUUAUCUUCCAUUUUGAUGUCACAUCAUCGGUCCAUAAAGGUCUCCAAGAAUUCCUCUUCAAAUUGUUGGUUCUGCGUUAUUUGAUGGACUCUGAGGGGAAAAUGUGGAGGUGCAAUGACAAACAGCUGUAUGUGAUAGAGAUUUUAGAGCCCACUGUCAAGUCAACAAGAAAUGCUACUCGGGAGGCACAAACAGCAAAUGGCACAUUUUUGGACGUGUUUCCUAAUAUUUUCUGUUGACCACCCAAAGAGGUCCUCAUGCUAGAGAUGAAAAAGCAGGAGGAUCCUAACAUUGUGAGCAGUGAUGACCCACUGAUGGAUGAUAAAGAGUUCAGGAGUGAGGCCUUUCAGCGGCCUUAUCAGUACCUGACACGGUUCUAUAACCACAUCGAUCUAGAUGUGUUUACAUAUCAGGGUGUUGAGGGGUCACAUGUACAAUGUCUUCAGAUGCUUCUCAUGUACUGUGGUAUAAUGGACCCAUCCUGGGCUGAACUUAGAAAUUUCACUUGGUUUCUUAACCUGCAACUGAGAGACUGUGAGACAUCAGUUUUUUGUGAUGCCACUUUCACUGGGGACACACUCAGUGGAUUUAAAACCUUUGUGGUGGACUUCAUGAUUCUGAUGGCCAAGGACUUUGUCACUCCAUCACUAAGCAUCUCUGACCAGAGUCCUGGCAAGUCACAAGUUGAUCUGGCUGGUGUCCGAGAUGAAGAUCUGGCUCCUUUUCUCAUCAGAAAAAGAUGGAAAACUGAACCACAUCCAUACAUUUUCUUUAAUGAUGAUCAUGUUUCCAUGACCUUUAUUGGUUUUCAUCUUCAACCCAAUGAUCAGAACUAUGUUGAUGCCAUUGAGCCCACAUCUGGAAGGGUCAUCAGACAGAACGUCAUGACCAGAGCAUUGUAUGAAGGCCUACAGCUUCAAAGAGUUCCUUUCAACAUUGACUUUGAUACCCUUCCAAGAUGGGAGAAAAUAGAGCGAAUCUGCAAUGUGCUUGGUAUCCAGUGGCCUCUUGACCCUGAUGAGACAUAUGAACUCACAACAGACAACAUAUUAAAGAUGCUAGCAAUCCACAUGCGGUUCAGAUGUGGCAUACCUGUCAUCAUAAUGGGAGAGACAGGGUGUGGCAAAACCAGGCUGAUAAAAUUCCUUUGUGAAUUGCGAAGAAGUGGAGUGGCAACUGAAAACAUGAAACUGGUCAAGGUGCACGGAGGGACAACUUCAGAGAUGAUCUAUGCUAAAGUCAAAGAAGCAGAAGACAUUGCUUAUAUCAACAAGCAAGACUUUGGGUUUGACUCUGUGCUUUUCUUUGAUGAGGCCAAUACUACAGAGGCUAUCAGCAGUAUCAAGGAGGUCCUCUGUGACAAGACCGUGAAGGGAGAAUGUUUAACACCCAACUUAGGGUUGCAGAUCAUUGCUGCAUGCAAUCCCUACAGAAAGCACACAGAUGACAUGAUUCAAAGGUUGGAAUCUGCUGGCCUUAGAGAAGAAGAGACUGUUGAAAAACUGGGGUCUAUACCUCUAUGCCAGCUAGUGUAUAGAGUUCAAGCAUUGCCCCCAAGCAUGAUACCUCUGGUAUGGGACUUUGGACAGUUAAAUGAUCACACAGAAAAAAUAUACAUCCAGCAGAUUGUGCAAAGAGUCACUACAACCAAAACAAUUGAUCAAACUUACAUCCAAUGCAUCACGGAUGUUCUUUCAGCCUCACAGAAAUACAUGAGGACCAGAAAGGAUGAAUGCAGCUUUGUCAGUUUGAGAGAUGUGGAGCGCUGCAUGCAAGCUUUUGUUUGGUUCCAUGACCACCAUGAAAUGUUAUUUUCAGAGCUUCAGAAAUUCGAGAGUAGUCAAAACAAAGAAGGAAAUGAAGGACACCAAAGAGAGCCUGAGGAUCGAGAUCCUGUUCUCUGGUCACUUAUCAUGGCCAUAGGAGUGUGCUAUCAUGCCUGCCUUGAAAAUAAGGACAAAUACAGACAGAAAAUCAGCAAGCGACUACCACCAUCAUAUAAACCAGUGAGAUUAAUGCACGACAUCUCACUCAUGCAAGAUUUACUUUUGAGUGGUGUGCCAAUGGGAGAUACUAUUGCAAGAAACAGUGCCCUCAAAGAGAACGUCUUCAUGAUGGUUCUCUGCAUUGAGCUAAGAAUCCCCCUCUUUUUAGUUGGAAAACCUGGAAGCUCAAAGUCCCUUUCUAAAACUCUAGUAGCAGAUGCCAUGCAGGGCCAAGCUGCUCAUUCUGACCUUUAUAAGAUGCUCAAACAGAUCCAUUUGGUAUCUUUCCAGUGUAGCCCUCACUCAACUCCAGAAGGCAUCAUCAACACAUUCAAGCAAUGUGGGCGGUUUCAGGAAGGGAAAAACCUGGAUGAGUACAUUUCAGUUGUGGUUCUUGAUGAAAUUGGGUUGGCAAAGGACUCUCCAAAGAUGCUGCUAAAAACUCUUCACCCAUUGCUGGAAGAGGGUUGCAUUGAUGAUGAACCACUACCACACAAAAAGGUUGGAUUCAUUGGUAUUUCCAACUGGGCACUAGACCCUGCAAAGAUGAAUAGAGGCAUUUUUGUCUCACGUGGUGACCCUGAUGAGAAAGAACUCAUUGAGAGUGCUAAAGGCAUAUGCUCAUCUGAUGUAAUGGUUUUAGAGAGAGUUAGGGAUUUAUUUAAACCAUUUGCAAGAUCCUACUUGAACAUUUGUUGGAAACAAGGGAAAGGAUUCUUUGGCCUACGUGACUAUUACAGCUUGAUAAAGAUGAUCUUUGCUGUGGCCAAAACCUCUCAACGAAAGCCCACAGCAGAGGAGAUUGUUAAGGCUGUGUUGAGAAAUUUCAGUGGCAGGGAUGAUGUAGAUGCAGUUGUUGUCUUUACCGAAAGACUUCAAAUUGCUCCAAAUCUGGAGAACAUCAACACCAUUGAGUUUGUGAAAGAAAACAUUCAAGCUGUGGGACAAGAGGAAGAGUGUCGGUACCUCCUUGUGCUAACAAAAAACUAUGCAGCCCUACAGAUCCUACAGGAAACAUUCUUUUCAGAAAGUGGUCAACCAGAAAUAAUCUUUGGAUCUAGCUUUCCAAAAGACCAAGAGUACACCCAAAUCUGUCGCAACAUCAACAGAGUGAAGAUAUGCAUGGAGACAGGUCAAACAGUUGUGCUUCUAAACUUGCAAAACCUCUAUGAAAGUCUCUAUGAUGCCCUCAAUCAGUACUAUGUAUGCUUGGGAGGACAGAAAUAUGUCGAUCUUGGAUUAGGAACCCAUCGUGUUAAGUGCAGAGUGCACAAAGACUUCCGCCUAAUUGUCAUUGAGGAAAGAGAAGUGGUCUACAAACAAUUCCCGAUACCUCUCAUCAACAGACUGGAGAAACACUACCUUGACAUCCACACUGUCCUUAAGGCUGAGCAAAAAAACAUGGUGGAAAAACUGGAGACAUGGGUGCAGCUUUUUGUUUCUCUUAUUGGUCAGCAUACUGGAGCAGCUGAGACUUACAAGUACACCCCCCCCGAUGUUUUCAUUGGCUACCACUCCGAUACCUGUGCUUCUGUGAUUCUUCAAGUGAUGGAGGAGCAGAAGGACAAUUUGGAAACUUCAGAUUCUGAGAGGGGACUGCUUGAAGAGGUGAAACUCAUACUACUCAAAUGUGCUACACCAGACUCUGUGGUGCGAUUGGACUGCACAGGCCUGCCAAAAGUGGAAAGUCAGCAUAUGGCCAAAGUGUACUUUGAGGAGCAGAGCAACAGCUGUUUAGCUGACUACAUCCAUGCUCACACAAGACAGGAGACAAGUAGCAGCACAUUCUUCACAGAGGUGACGACAUUCUCCAGACUUUUGACCGCGUUUGACAUGGAACCUCUGAAGAAAAUGUUUCACAGCGUGGAGCUUCUCUCUCUCCAACAGUUUGACACAGAGCACUCCUUCCUAAAAAAGAUAAGGGUUGUUUUUGGUUGUCCUGAUAUUGUAGUGACUACCAAACCGAACUUCCUCACAGCUGAAAAUGGGGGCAGUUUGACUGGACCAUGCAACCGAAUCCUCAUCAUUCAGUGUAAUUUUGAUGAACCCUCUGAGAGCACCAACCUGAUUGCGUCUGCAAAGUAUUCAUCACUAAAUGAGAUCAACAAGUUAACACAGGAGAGCACAGGAAGAAAGGCGUUUGUCUACUUUAUCACAAGGUUGCCAAGAAUGGAAGGAGGGACUUCUUACAUUGGUUUCCAUGGAGGCCCUUGGAGAUCAGUUCAUAUAGAUGACCUCAGAAGGUCAAAGGACAUUGUUUCAGACAUUAAGACCUUGCAAAACAUGAAAAUCAGUCAAAUGUUUGAAACAAAAGCAACUCAGCCUGAAGCUAUGGAGACUGAUGACAUGUACACAGAGAGUGAGCAGGAAGAGUUGGAAGAAAGCGGCUUGGAAAAUGUUGUGGACACCACAUCGUUGCUUCGGAGCUGUGUGCAGGCCGCUGUCGGCAUGCUAAGAGACCAAGCCACAUGUGGCUUCCGCAGCACUCGGAGGGUUGAGAUCCUUUUGGCUCUCCUGAGUAACAAUGAUGAAAUAAAAGAUGAAUUUCUUCAAACAGUGAAAAGGCGUCUUCACUCAUUGUUACUGAUUCAUAAUGGGAACACAUUAUCCAAGAGCGACUGGGUACUCAAAGAGGCUUCAAACAUUGAUGCCUUGCAGGAAGGAGGCACUUUCAGACACACCUUAUGGAAGCGUGUUCAGGCUGUGGUAGUCCCCAUUUUGGCACAUCUAGUUUCAGUGAUUGACCGGGAUCAAAACAUGGAUCUCCUGCUUGAUAAAAACUCCUCUGAGUUGGUGAAGAGAUUGUGGUUGGAUAUCUUUAGCAAUGAAAAACUGCUGGAAAUCUCACACUUAAUGAUGGAUCCUAGCUCUGAGACAAGAACGAUCCUUGUUCAGAACUACAUUGCUCAAGACAGGAACAUUUGCUGCAGCAUGCCCUUCAGCUGGAGAAUUAAGGACUAUUUAGAGGAACUGCAUUAUGCCCUACAGAACGAAGGACACACUGAAUUAGAAUUUCUUGAGUUCUUUUGGAAAACACCGCUCGGCCGCUGCAUUGAGAAAGCCGAUUCAGAGACUCAGAUGGAGUUUUAUCAUCGCUACCUUCAAGAUUUCAUCUUUAUGUCGAUGAAUGUCACUUCUCCAGAAGAUCUGCAGCUUCUCUGUGGUGCCUUGAAUAGUUGUGUCAGUGAACUACGACUACAGCUGAAUGACACUGAGAAUGUGACAGCUCUUCCAUGGGUUCAUGCUGCUUAUCACAAGUUUAAAAACCGGUGACAGAAUCUCUCCCGAAUGAUGUGUAUCGAACCCCAGGUGACCAAUGACCUCCUUGGGAAUCCACAUGCAGGAGACAACAUUGAACUUGUCCUCGACGUUUAUGCUGCUUUUGCAUGUUUGGAGCACUUGGAGCCCAGAUUGCUGGACACUGAUGCUCAAAGACAAGGGUGGCUCAGGCAGGUGAAGAAACUUCAGGUUCCUAUUGAACUAAUCUGUUCAGAAGACAGUGUGAGGCAUUAUGGAGAGAGGAGCAAGAUGAUAGUCAACAGAGUCCAAUCCAGAUGGAAUCGCAUAUUUUCUCUCUCUUUAUUCGUGGAGCACAUGUUGCUGGAAAUAGAGGAGCUGGACAAGGAGCUCACACCUUUAGUGUUGGAGAGUACGCGAGGGCUUGGCAAGAUUCUUGAAAAAAAUUCCGACAUCAAAACUCAGCAGAUUUUUGAGGCAGUAAUUGGUUUGCUGAAAAACUGCAAAGAUGGUAAAAAUCUAAAUUUCAGUAUCAGGUUCGGUCACAUGCUGUGUCCAGUUUGCAUGGGAGACCCCCAAGAUCCACUCUGCCUGCAAUGUAACCACAUCUACUGUGUAGCUUGUAUCAAACGCUGGCUGGUCCCCGGUCAGAUGUACUGUCCCCUUUGCAUGGAUCCAGUUCAAGAAAAAUUCCCCUUGGUUCCCUCAAAUGAUAUCAAGAUUCUUGUCAGCCAGCAUGCCCAGUUCAGAAAGCGGUGCAAAGCUUUCUUCAUAGACCUGGUGUCUACCGUGUGCUUCAAGGACAACUCUCCACCGUGUCCAACGGUCAUUCUUCAUUUGCUAUCUUUCCUAAUGGUGGAGGCCAGCCCGGUUCCUAUCCUUAGAGGUACUGAUCGACAAAUGCUGACAAAAGUGCUCUCUCCGUUUGAUGACUCAGUUGAUAAAAAUCCUGUUGUUCGCUCAGUGGUGCUCAAACUUCUGAUGAAGUAUAGCUUUGAUGAAGUGAAGAGAUAUUUGCAGAAGCAUCUAGCGGCUGUUGAGCAGAGCAACCUCUUGGAGGAGGCAGACAAAACUGAACUCUACUGCUUGUACAUUAACUGUCUGGAGGAUUCCAUGUUUGAGAAGCUCCAGAUCAGGUCUGCUGCAGAUCAGAAGGCGUAUUUACAAAAUGAAAGUGCUUUCCUGACUGAGUAUCUGCAAACGCACAGUCAGCAUGCUGAAAAGCCGACUGUGGAGUACCUGCAGCAGUUGGCCAGAGUGCGUAUGGACCUGGAUAUGGCUGCUAGCCUGAUUGCGGAACAAUUGAGAGCAACAGCCUCUCCCCAAGGUGGUCAAAAUGGAACCGCAGCCUUUCUGGAUAGUGUGGUGAACCUGUGCAGGCGGAGUCGGAACGACUGGUAUCGUGUCUAUUUGAUCCGCAAGAUCUGCAGCCAACAUGGAGUGGAGUUUGUCCAGAAACUUCUUAGGCGGGGUCAGAUGGGUUGGCUGUUCCCUGAAGAAGUUCAGCAGCAGAAUGAAGAGACCCCCCCAGCAGAUCACUAUCUAGUGUGUGGAGAAGAUUACAAGAAAAUCAGAGAAGCUGUUGCAAAGAUGGUUAUGGAAGGCAAAGUAGAAGGACUGGAAGAGGCCUGUGAGGGCUGCAGAUGUCUACCACAACUGAAAGCAGUUUACCUUCUGUUAGCGCUGUACAGAGAAAUCACCACUCUGUAUAGGCAAGCUAAUGAGGUAUUCCAUCCCAAGCCGCAGCAACUUGAAGCCCUUGAAGCUUACAUCCAGAAAUCCAACAUCCUUGCCAGUGCAGAGGUGAAGACCUUUGCUCAGGCUCUGGUGACCAACAGAAUGGGGCCUCUUUCUGUUCGUCCUGGCACCUCCGGGGCCCAAAGCGUCGCAGUGGAAUUAACUGUUCAUUUAGCUGCCAUACUGUUCUGUGGAAACCAGGCGAUCUUAGCUCCACUGCAGCAGUUAGCAUUGACACCUGCCAACAUGCAGGCAGCGUUUUUGCCUUCUAUGCCAGAAGAUAUGGUAGCAGCAGCUCAACAAGCUCUGGGUCCACUGCAGUGGUACCGUUGUCCAAAUGGUCAUCCCUGCACCAUCGGGGAGUGCGGCCAGCCAAUGCAAACAAGUCGCUGCGUCGACUGUGGUGCUGUAAUUGGAGGAAGUGACCAUAGGCCUGUGCAGGGAUUUCAGGUUCUUCACUUGCAAGGUGACCGCACCCAGACAGGCCACAUCCUCGGUGAUCCAAGUCGCCGGAACAAUCCAGAUAUGCUGGACACAAAGAACAUUUCACCCGUUCCCUUUACUAUUGUUCGAAUGCUCACACACAUGGCGAUGCUGCUCGGGGCCUGUAAUCACACACAGUAUAUCUCUGCGAUCAUCAAACCUCCAGUUGCAGAGCCUGCUGCAUUCCUGCUUGCUCACCUGAGAAGAGAUAUAGAACAUCUGAUCAGGUCUCUGGGUAAGGGGACCGAUGACACAAUCACAGCAGUUCACCUGCUAAUCAGCAGCUUGCUGGGACCCCACCAGCAGCAGAAAUGGCCAGUUCCUUAUGACAAUCAGCUUUCAAAUAAAGAGGCCAGAAACGGAUGGGAGUUGGAAAUGAGCAAUGCUGUCAUCACACCUCAGCUAAAGCACUUGGAUAGACAGCUGAAAGAAGUGAACACCUUCAUCCGGGCAGACUCACGCAUCUCUGCCAACCCAAUCAUGAAGCUAGUGUUUGGUGAUCCUCAUCUCUUAUUGGUCUCCCUGCCACAGAGGUCUCUGCUCCACUGUUCUGCCGUGUGGCGCUGCAGAGAGAAAGUGUGUGUCAUGAGCCUUACUCACAUCCUAGAGCAGAACGAGGGUAAAGACACUGUGCCUGUGCUGUGGAGAUUUCUGCACAGGGAAGCAGAGCUCCGCCUGGUGAAGUACCUCCCUGACGUCCUCACACUGCAGAAGGAUCUGGUCAAGAAGUUUCAAAACAACACUGAGCUGACUUGUGACACCAUCAGUGAAUUUCUUCACAGUCAGAAAGCUGCUUCCCUUAAAGCCUGGUAUGAGAAAUACAUCAACAUCUUCUUAACAACCUGGAACCAGCUUAGAGUGUCUCUGACAACCAAUGGUGAGAUUAAGAUCCCAAUUGAGUUCUGCCAGAACGACCUGGACUUGAACAGUGACUUCAAGGUGCUUUUACCUCAGCGACAGGGUCCAGGCCUGUGCUCCACAGCUCUUAUCAGCUACCUAAUUGUUCUGCACAAUGACCUCGUCUAUUGUGUGGACAAGCACACUGGAGAGGAGACCAGCUACAAAGUGAGCCCAGCAGAUCUCACUGAUCUGCAUGUGAUCCGUUAUGAGCUGGAGCGGGACUUAAUGCCCCUGGUUCUGUCCAAUACCCAGUACAGCAUCGAGAAGGGCCAGGAGACCCUUUAUGAAUAUGAUUUGCCCAAGAUCCAGCAGCAGAUCAUCUCCCACUUUCUGCUGGGAAAACCUCUCAUCACUGUCGAUGGCAUUCCUACACUGGUCAACAGGCACGAUCGUAACUAUAAGAUAAUUCUCAAAGAUGUUAAAGCCAAAGUCAAGCAAGAGCCCCUGCAGACCCUCACCCUCUUCUCCGUCGCUGGGGAGUUGCACUCUUAUAGCGAGGUGUGCGAGGCCUUGUCCACGCUGGAAGUGGUGCUCGGCUUCCUCGCCAUGACUGGGGGAGAACCCCACAUCCAGUUGUCCUGCUACCUGGAGGAGGUUCUGCAGAUGGGAGACCAGAUGGCUCAGCAUAUUGUCAAGGCUUUCAGCAUGUGUUGUCUAAAGCAUUGUGUAGCUCUGUGGCAGCUGCUGGCCUCACUUAAAUCUGAAAAUAUGCUGCGGCUCAAGAGGGACCCAUUUGCGGGAGUCUCAGAGAAGUACAAGGAGCCACUGGGUGAGGAAGAGCACAGGCUGCUAACUGCCUUCUUCUCCAAGAACAGCGCUGACACUUUCUUGUUAGAGAUGCACGAGUUCUUGGUUCUGGUCCUCAAAACGCCAAAUGAUCCUGAUACCUACAGGCCUGAUUGGGGCUUGAAAGACACUUUGGUGUCUUACAUGGAGCGGAAAGACAUGGAAAUACCCCCAGAUGUGGAGGACCACUUCCCAGAGGAACUCUGCCUGUCCCAUUAUGUUGAAGCCUGGAAGUUCAUCAUUGCCUUUAAGCAGGAGCGUGGUCAGAGACAAUGAAGACAUCAGGAACAAAAAUCCUCUGUUUGUUGCCUUCUUACCUACAUUUAUUUUUACUUGUUAAAGUAUCAGUGUUGUUUCAUUAUAUUUUUGCACAUGAAUCUAAAAGAUGUGCCUUUUUAGGAGCACUGAGUGCCAUGGAAUAAAUGUGUCAUUUAUAUUUCUGAAGAUUUGAAUUUUGGUGAAUUUUCUGUUUAGUAUUUUUCUAAGUAAGGAUCAAGAAAUAUUUCUAUUGUUUAGGUGUCUUUAAUUGCACUUUAUGUCCUAACUCACAAUGAGAAUAAGAAAUGAUGUGGGGUAGAUGUAGAGAUGUAAACUGAACAGAUGUCAAACCCUUAAGUAAUGAAGAGUAAUGUCUUUCACUUGCAUUGAUUUGCUUUUACCACUAUUCAGUUUUUCCAAUGCUUUUGCAAAUGACGAUUAUCCAUUUUCAACACUGCUGUUCAACAUUCCAACUAUUAAAUCCGUUAUCGUUUUUUUCUUACAAUUUUUUCUUAGGAAAAUUAACAAAGCAAUCAUUGUUUCAUUUAUUCUGUUUGUGAUAAAUAUUCCCAAAUUUGCUGUGUCAGUGCUUUGCAUCAUUAUCUGUCAUAAUAGUAUGCCAUAAAAAGUACCUUAUAAU